UCAUGGAAACAAAGAUUACUUGCGUUAUCAGCUCGCUGAUAGCUGAUAACAUCGCUCAGCCAGUCUGGCCCAUAAAGGUAUUACGAAGCGUUGGAGAAAAAUAAUUUUAACGGCCCCACACUGCUCUUCCUCUCACAAGUUGACUUCACACACUCUUAGAUAGCAUUCUCGAUAAUGAUGGCCGCUCGCUGGUCUGUCGCGGCGCUUGUGCUGCUCGUCGGCUGCAGCGCCCUGGCCCAGGAGAUCUGCAGCAAGUGCCAAUGCACCCCCGGCACCUCCACCUUGGUCGAUUGCACCGACAAAGCGCUGACCGCGGUGCCCAACGCGACCGAAUGGCCAAAGGACGUGGCCAUCGAAGCGCGUUUUGACCACAACCGACUUGUACACUUGACAAGCAUGGGCUCAAUUCCGACGCUGGAAAAGUUGUCCAUCAGUCACUGUCAACUCACCCUGAUUGACGACCUAGCCUUCAUGCACGUGCCAAAUUUGACCUACCUUGACCUCAGCAAUAACCAACUCACGUCCGAAACACUCAGACCUCAGGUAUUCAGAGGGUUGUACGCUCCUGACGGUUACGAACCCAUGCGCCAAAUGCGUGUGCUCCACCUAGGGUACAACGCAAUUCACUCUCUAGACCAGGACCUUUUCGAGCACCUGACCUUUUUAACCGAACUCUCAUUAAAAUACAACCCACUGAGUGUUCUUGACCAGUCUACCGUUCUCGCCAUCAGCAGUUUAGAUUAUUUGAAGGUGCUUGACCUGAGUUACACUGGUCUGACCACCCUUCCGAUGCACAGUCUGCACUCGCCGCGUUUCUUGGAGGAAUUGCACUUGGCCGGCAAUUCGUUCAUAGAAAUUCCCACCCAAGCGCUGGCUGACACGCACACCCUGAAAAUCCUCACCCUGGAUGACAAUCCAAUCAGGAAUCUGGAAAAGGGUUCGUUCCCCUCCCUCCCCACCUUGGAGCACCUCUCCAUGUGUUCCCUGCCCAAUCUCACGGUCAUCGGCGCAGAGGCGUUUUCCGGAAUGCAGAGCCUCGUCGAACUGAUCAUGGUGGACAACGUCCACUUGCAGUACAUCGACCCUGAAGCUUUCAAAGGUCAGGUCGAAGGUGACUCCUGGACGUUGCGAAGGUUACACUUAAAUGGAAACAGUUUGGGACGUUUGCCAAAGGAGCUCCUCCGCAGGUGGGACGCUCUGGACGAGUUGCGUCUGCAGGGAAAUCCUUGGGUUUGUGACUGCGACAGUCAGUGGAUUCUUACCGAUUUAAUUCACAUUUUGGAUAGCAUGGCUGCGCCAACACUUGUUUGUCAUGAGCCAAUUGAAAUGCGAGGCCAAACCUUCAACACCCUGGCGCAAAAUGAGGAGCACCUUAGGUGCCUCGACCUGUACGACCAUCACCCUGAAAAAGACGGCGCCAUUCUCAUUGGCGUUCUGAUUGGCGUUCUUUUGGCCGUGCCCAUCACCAUCGCCAUUGUCAUUCUGUGGCGCCGAUUUGGACCCUCCAUCACAGGUCGAUACCACGCCUCACCUGCUGAUUACACCAGGGCCUUUUACAAAAGGGCCGACGUAUCCUUCAGCCACGAUAAUGCUUGAUGAACAAUUUCCGCGAUCGUAAUCAUCCCAUUUUGGAUCAAAAUUUCCAAU